AUGUCACGUACUCGCUCUCCAGCCCUCCGACAAUGGAGCCCUCUGGAUCGCUCAACUCUCCUCUUCACAACGCCUGGCCGUUCCUCAAUUUUACUCACCAUCGGCGAGCAUUCUUCCUGCAAACCCAACAACCGCAAUCCUUCUCUCCCUCGUCCUCGACCUUUCCACACCACUUGCCCCCAUAGCGCAGCGCAUCCAGCGCCCUCUACCAGAAGAAGAAUCGAUGCAAGACUCUCCCGCGCAAAGCCCGCAUUUCCGGGCCGCCAGCUCCUCAAUGAUUCCCCUAAAGGGCAACCGACGCAAAACGAGGCAGUCAAUGCCCGCCUGGAAUUCCUCAAAGUGCGCGGACUCAGUCUGGCAAGUGAGAUGCUACACGACGGGGUCAUCGAUAAGUCUGUCACACCGGGGAAGUUCAAGCGCAUUGGGACGGCCCUGAUCAUGAAUGCGAGUUCCAUAUCUCCUUCCAGGGAUGCCAUCACCGGCAUUGCCGAAGGCGAAGGAGUACACGUGGAUGUCGUUUAUGAUAUCGGCCGCGAAGUCCUGCGGGGCGACCAGAGGAUGGAAAGGUGGCUGCAGGAUUCCUGCCAGCUUGCCAAUGUGCGGAUGGCGAAUUUCCGCGUCGCGGCCUGGCAACUCAAAAUGUGCCAUGGACAUCAGAGUAUCUACGACGCCAAGUUCCAUACAGAGCCGCGACUUACACCCUCCAUUGCCCUGGUUGAGAUGCUCGCUACGCGGCCAGAGAGGGACGAAGAGGGGCGCGACACGCGCGACCCGCGGGCCAUGGUUCUCUGGGCGAAAUUUCAAGGCCUACGAGGUCAUUACCGGGAGGCAAUUAGGCUAGUCCAGGAAGUGAUGCGGCUGAUCGAGCCGAGCCGAACGCACCCCCGCAGGAACGAGAACCCCACGAUAAAUGGGAUGGUUGAACCGCCGUGGGAGUUGUACAUGUGGUUGAGACGUGAGGAGAAGAAGGCUGGACGUGGCCGCCGCGCCAAUGGAAAGGGCGUUGUUGAUACCAACACUGAGAGCCUUGAUACCGAUGAAGAAGCCGCGAUGCGUCUCGGGGCGAUUGAGUAUCAGGAUCCCAGUAUGCUGAUGCGCUAUGCGCAGUAUUGCAAGGAGAGACAUCAAAUGGAUCUUUACGAAGAGCACAUGGGGAAAGCGGCUGCUUCGGGAUACAAAGACGCGUGCCGAAAAUUAGGCAAUUACUACUACCUCGUCGCGACAGGACAAUAUCCACGGCGGGGAGCGCGGCCUGCCGAAAGUGCGGACAAGCCAGGAACGCAGGAAUUGCACAGAGAGGUAACGGAUCGGGAAGUGGCAAAUGAUCCAGAGGGCUUCUUCGCUAAACUCUUCUCUUACUUCGGACCGCGUCCACUUAGCGCGUACCGCUCUUUGGCUAUGGAGUGGUGGCGUGUUGGAUGGGCGCAGGGUUGUGCCAGCUCAGGGUUGAACCUCGCGCGACUUCUUCAGGAGGAGGGUGACAAGGUUAAUGCAGAAAAAAUAAUAAAGGAAGUCCAAGAUGGCACAGCACAGCCGAAACACCUACCGCAAGCCGCGAAAAUCACGCUCGACAAUUUCGUGCUAGAAGAUAAGGCAUCGAGGCAGCCAUUGCUUGACCUGUGA